GACAAGGCCACUGUGAAAGUGAUAAGAAAAGAACCAGUGAUCACGCUUGACCUACACCCACUAGAUGAUUCAGGACUGUCCUCUUGGAGUUCACCGGACACCCAUCCUGCCAAUAACAGUGAAUUGGACAUCUACCCUGCAGAUGACGAGGCAUCCGCCUGCUCAAACGACACCAUUAUUCUCCCUGAUUCAUGCCGCGCUGCUCCAUGGCCAGUGCCAUUUCAAAUACCACAGUUUUCCCGCGACAUUGAACUUAUCCUCGCAGAGGCAAACAAAUCACAUAAUGUCAGUGGAGUACACUUCCGAGAUGCUAGUGUUAAAUCAGCAAUAAUGCAUGACCUUUCAAAAGUCAUAUUUUCUUACACUGCCUACCCUUCAAAUGAGCAAAUAACCGCAGUGUCUGAAGCCCUUGUUGAGAAGUUUCCAUGCCUUAAGGAGCCGGGAUCCUUUGCAGGAUUAUAUGGCUGGCAGCAGCGGAUCAAGUACAAAAUGCACAAUUACUGUGCCAAGCUGAAAUCCCGAAAAUAUGCUUAUCCUGAAAUUGAAAUCAACACAUUAAAGAGAAAGCGUCCGGCCGAUGCAGUCCCAGCUAAAAAUGUGAAAAAAGCAAAGAAAGCGGAGGUCAAUUAUCUCCCUCCACAUCCUGUUGGAGAAAAUCAAGACACGUUGGAGAUUGAGAGGCUUGAAUUAAUCAAUGAAAUAAAAAAGAAGAAUAAUGCAAAGAUAUUCACAGAAAAAAUGUCUAAAACCUUUUCAAGUCGAAGAGUCGAGGUGGUGACCCUCAGCCCAUCUGUCAGUGUCUUCAAAGAAAGGUGGCCUGCAUUAUUCAGUGAUGCUCAGAUCAAAGAAGAGUUCCGUCGUAUAACGACAAUUUCCUUGGAGGAGACGUUCCUGCUGAAACUCGAUGGGUACACACCACGUCUUCUGCAGCUGAUGCGUGCAAAAGGAGGAGCUGCUGGUUCCAAGAUGCGUCCUCUGCUGGACACUGUAAAUGAGUCACAAAGCAUUGAGAAGAAAAGGGAUGCAGUUGUCUCUUGCCUCAUUGAGUACCUUGGGGAAAGGCAGGAAGAGCUUUUCCAAGACUGCCAGGACGAAUGUGAGGACCACACAGACCAAACCAUGAAGGUGAUUGUGAUCCAUAAUGUCAUGGCUGAGGAGGAUCCAGCAGAAGUGUCCAUUGUGAUCGAGGGCAUCCAAGUGCUGACUGGGUGUGGAAACCGAACCAAGGCAUGUAUGCUGUUGAUGGGAUUGAUCUAUGCCCUUAACCUUGAGUAUCCCAAGACACUCAAGAACACUUUCCAAGUAUUCCAGAAACUUUUCCUGGAGCUUGAUGGAGCAAAGCUUCUCAAGAAGGUCCACAGCCUCAAAAGCAAGCUAUUGGAAUGAACUACAUGAACGUUCAGGCACAGACUGAUGUUUCUUCAACAAUGGGGGGGGACAAGAAAAAGAGAAAUAAAAAAUUGUUUUAAAGUUAAUAACCAACUAAAUAAAAAAAAAAGGGAAUUGCUGUAGGGGAUAGCCUUAAGCACAACUAAAAUGUACAGAGGUGUCAAGCCAUCCAAUACACAGAUAGAUUUUCUGCUGGUAAUUUCUUAAUUUAUCAGAUCAAAUGGAAUGGCAAUGAAAAGAAAUACAGUGAACAGCAUCCUGUCACUUACUGCUGAGUCGCCGCAUAGGCUUUAGGAUAAAAAAUAAAAACAUUUUCCUCUUAAAUGCUUGGAUUCUAGGAAAAAGUCAAUGGUUCUAGUUCAGCUAUAACAGCCACAGUUCAUUAGCCAAGUUAAGCGUGCAUGUAAAUGCCCAGGCUGUUAUUCUGCUCUGAACAAAUGUGCAUCUGUCUGGUUCCUUAAAUGUGUCAUAAGCAGUCCAUUCCUUCAAAAACACUUCAUUUGACUUGGUAGCAAUUUACUCAGAGGGAAGCCAUUACAUUUAUUCAAUAUUUUGCUACUCAGAUUUCUCAGAAACACAGUGGAAAUUGCUGUGAUUUACUCUUGAAUCUCAAAUUAAACAAAAAAGCAAAAAUCAAUCUAACUUCUGACACCAACAGUUGUCAGGAGAGUGAAGGGUUUAAGAUGGUCCUUGCACCUGCAGGCCGCAUGGAACAUUAACAACAACGUUUGGUGGGGGACCUAAGGACAUACUACAGCCAGUGGUGGAGCCAGAAUGUGGCUAAUGGAUGCACCUGAUUAUUAUCACCUCCACCUUUGAGGCAGAGCCUCAGCGGCUGAGGUUGUGCUUCCGUUGUUUUAUUUGUCUGUUUGCAUAACUCAAAAGUUUACAAACCACAAACAAAAAUAGGUUAGCAAUGAUUGCAGUGAUUGAUUACAUAUUGGUGGUGAUCCGGAUCGCUGUCGGGAUCCAAGAAUUGUUUGAAUGGGGAAUGGGGGAUUGAUGGAGGUCUGCACUUUUCUACUGCACUAUUGUUUUGUUGCUAUUUGACAGCAGACAUGUUUCUUCUCUCUUGCCUCUUAUCCACACAUGGCUGGAAAUGUUUUUGUGAUCCAGUUGUUCCAGAAACUGUAGCACAUUUUACGCUGUUAUGGAGCUAUAAAACGGGUUGUUUGAAAUGUUUGUUUGAUCCUUUUGUGCACAGUUGUGUUACAUUUAUCUUGAAACUUGCACUUUUGAAGGGGUUGUCAUCUUCUUCUCUUCUAUUCUCUCCUCCUCUUCUCUUUUCUCCUUUCUUCUCGUCUCUUCUAUUCUCUCCUCAUCUCCCCUUUCUUCUCUUCUCCUAUCUUCUAUUCUCUCCUCCUCAUCUCCUCUUCUUUCUUCUCCUCCCCUCUUCUUUCCUUUCUCCUCUCCUUUCUUGUCUCUUCUAUUAUCUCCUCUUCUCUUCUUCCUUCUCUCAUCUCUUCUCGUCUUUUCUAUUCUCAUCUCUCUCUUCUCCUCAUCUUCUCACCUCCUAUAUUCUAUUCUCUCUUCUAUUCUCUUUUUUUUGUAGUUGAAU